AUGUCUUUGCCAAAAAUUGCUGUCAUAGGUGCUGGCCCUGCCGGGUUGACCUUUGCUCGUCUCAUUCAAUAUAACGGUAUCCCAUGUACCAUAUUUGAACUAGACAGUGAUCGGAAUGCCCGAAGCCGAGGAGGCUCACUCGAUAUUCACGAAGGUUCAGCUCAAGUUGCACUCCGGGAAGCUGGAUUGUAUGAAAAAUUCUUGGCAGUUGCACGACCCGAGGGGGAAGUUCUCAAAAUUUACGACCCUUCUGGAAAUCUCAUCCUUGAUGAGAGCAAAGAUGUCGGUGAAAGCAGACCAGAUUCUUUCAAAGGUCGUCCUGAAGUGGAUAGAGUCCAGCUUCGUAAUAUGCUUUUAGAUUCUCUUGAGCCUGGGAGCAUCAAGUGGGGACAUAAGCUACAACGUGUCGAAACAUCCGCUGAUCCAACAUCUCUUACUUAUGAUCUACACUUUCAAGAUUCCGUCGAGAGAGGCUUUGAUUUGGUUGUUGGAGCAGAUGGGGCGUGGAGUAAAGUACGACAUAUAAUUUCCAACACGCGACCACAAUUUGCCGGAAUCACUGGAGUGGAAGCCAAAGUUCUGAACAUCGAUCAAAAAGACCCAGCUCUCGCAAAAAGAGUAGGCUUGGGUAUGUGCCUCACCCUCGGCAACCACCAAACUGUACUAUCGCAGCGUAAUGGUGAUGGAUCAGUUCAAACGUAUGGAUUCUUUCGAAGACCUGAGGACUGGCAAGAAACAUGCGGUAUUGAUUGGUCUGCGCCUGGCGUGGGACAGAAAUUCGUAGAUAAAUACUACGAAGAUUGGGACCAAGACGCGAAAGAUUUGAUUAUCAAGAGUGAUGAGGAAGCAAUUCCAAGGCCAAUGUAUAUGCUUCCGAUAGGGCAUAAGUGGCUUCACAGAGCAGGUGCAACCCUACUAGGUGAUGCAGCUCACCUCAUGACUCCAUUUGCAGGCGUAGGAGUAAAUGUUGCAAUGGAGGAUGGAAUGGAACUUGCAAGAGCUGUGAUUGCUCGUAAAUCAAAUUGGGCAGGAAAAGACAAGUUCGAGGAUGCUGCCGGUCUGUCCGAAGCUGUAAGAAAGUAUGAGUUGGCUAUGUUUGAUCGUGCAGAGGGAUAUGCAAAGGAAACUUGGAUGUAUCUAAACCUCUUCUUCAAUGAAAGAGGAGGACAUGCCAUGGUUGAAAGUUUCGCGGAGCAGAAGAAGCAGCAGAGAAAGGAAGCCGAGUCAAAGUUUUUGGAAAAGGAGACUGUCAAUAUUGAGGUUGUAAGCGUUUAA